CUAAUUAGCAUGCAGAAAUUGGGGUGAUAAUUAAUGCCGCUACUAUAUUAUAAAGGCCGGCAAAAAAAUUGUGAUGUGGAGUAUAUAUAUACACGUAGCUAGCUUAGUUAGUUAGCUACUGUAUAGGAAUGGGGCUUUGUCAUUCUAAUACGGCGACGGCUUCCUCGAAGCCGUCGUCGAAGCUCAUCGCUCGCCACAAAUCUUCGUCCGAUGCCACCGGAGGCGGCGGCUUGUUCGGAAGAGGGGGGAGCAACCAGUGGCGGAAGAUACGGUCGUCGAAGAAUGAGGAGACGGUCGUCAUUCACGACCCGACGCCGCUGGCCGCCGCCAUACUGUUCCGGCAGCAGAUGCAGAACAACAACGGGUGCGGCGGCGACGGGGCGGCGGCGUUGGAGCGACAUACCUCGUCGCUCCGUUAUCCGGCGACCGCGAAGGCGGGCAAGAAGACGCCGUCUUCGCGGAGCUCGAGCUCGAGAGAUCGCUCUCUAACUGAUCCUCUCCUCCACCCUUGCCCGCCGCUUAAUAAGCUGGACGACGUGGAGACCUCCCAUUUCGUCCUGGUUCACGGCGGCGGUUUUGGGGCAUGGUGUUGGUAUAAAACCAUAGCACUUCUUGAAAGAAGCGGUUAUAAGGCCACGGCGGUAGAUUUAACCGGUUCCGGCGUCGAUUCUUUCGACACAAACAACAUAACCAGCCUCUCACACUACGUCAAGCCACUCACUGAUUUUCUCCAAACUCUUGUCGAUGGAGAAAAGGUGAUACUAGUGGGACAUGAUUUUGGUGGAGCUUGCAUAUCAUAUGCAAUGGAGCGUUUCCCAGCUAAGGUGUCAAAAGCUGUUUUCAUGGCAGCAACUAUGUUGAGCAACGGCCAGAGUACCCUUGAUAUCUUCUCUCACAUUACAGAUACAAAAGAAUUGAUGCACCAGGCUCAGCUAUUUAUUUAUGCUAAUGGAAAUGAAAAUCCCCCAACGUCCAUUGACCUCAACAAAUCUCUCCUCAGGGACUUACUAUUCAACCACAGUCCUGCAAAGGAUGUAGCUUUAGCAUGUGCGCUGAUGAGGCCGAUGCCCUUUGCGCCUGUGCUGGAGAAGUUGGUGUUGUCAGAACUAAACUACGGCUCAAUCAGACGAUUCUAUAUUGAAACCGCUGAAGAUAAUGCUAUUCCAGUCACUUUGCAACGAAGAAUGAUUGUUGAUGAUGAGAGCCGAGUAGAAAAAGUGUUCCAUCUCAAGGGCUCAGACCACUCCCCUUUCUUCUCUAAGCCACAAGCACUCCACAAAACUUUGGUGCAGAUCUCAAUGAUCCAUUGAUGAUCAAGCUAGUUUAUUUUAUAUAUAGAUACAUGUGUGUGUAUUGUGUAAAGCUUACUCAUCCUAUUACUCAAAUUAUUCUUAUGUCAUUGGAUGUGUUGGGUAGAUUAAUAGUGAAUAUAUAUGUGAUGCGAUAAAUAAGCUAAAAAUUA